AUGUCCAGCGCGGCCAGCAACUCAACAUCCGCGGACGGCAGCGCCACCGCCGCUGCUUCACCCUACAAGGUCUAUCUUCCGGGAGAGCGCCCGGACGAAAACAGAGCCAGCGAGAUUUUGACCAUCUGCAUCGUCCUCACCCUCUUGGCCGUGGGUUUCACUGCUUUGCGUGUUUAUGUGAGGAUGAGAUUUCUCAGCAAGCUCGCAUGGGAUGAUUAUUCGAUGGUGAUGGCAACGAUCACGCUGGUGUCAAUGACUGGAACUGUUUUCGCCCAGGUGUUCAACGGCGCCGGCCGGCACAUAGAGUAUAUACCACCGGCGGUUAUAGUCACUGGUUUACACUACAAUUUUGCCUCUCAACCUCUGUGUCUCGUCGCCCUAGGCUUCGCCAGAAUCAGCGUCGCCUUGUUUCUCAUCCGCCUCGCCAACUCCAAAAAGUACAAGUGGAUACUUUGGUUCCUUAUUGGGUUGACAGUUGUCCUUACUGUUGUUGGAGUCUGCCAAACACUCCUCCAAUGCCGCCCUAUGGCCUACGUCUGGGACAAGUCCAUCCCCGGAGGCGAGUGUGUAUCAACCGAGUACCUUGUCUACUCGUCCUAUGUCAGCUCGUCCCUGUCGUGCUCGUCCGACUUUGCGCUCGCCUCCUUGCCAAUCUUCAUGCUCCGCAACGUGCAGAUGAACCUGCGCGUCAAGCUGGCCGUCAUCGGCAUCCUGUCGCUCGGUUUCUUCACCGUCGCCGCAGCCAUCCUCAAGACCAUCUCCCUGACCAAGUGGGGCCUGCUGGGCGACUACCUCUGGGACACGGGUGACAUCACAAUCUGGUUCACGGUCGAGAUCUCCGUGGCCAUCAUCGCGGGGUCGACCCCCUGCCUCAAGCCCCUGUUCAAGCGCAUCCUCGACUCCACCAGGCGCUACGGCAGCGGACGGACCCCUCCCAACUACGUCUGCACCUGCGGCAAGCCGGCGCCCUCUUAUGCCUAUGGUUCGGGGGCCGGGUCCAAGGGCAGCAGCGGGAUCGUCGGGAGCAAGCAGUUGAGCAACAACACGAUAGGGUCCACGGGCAAGAAGCGCAACACCAGGCAGGCGGAUCCGUACGGCACGGAGGACUACGACAGCUUCGAGAUGCACGUAUCCCCGGGAGGUCCCAACAGCUACAGGCGGGAGACGAGAGACCUCGAGGCCGCAGCCGGCAUCGGUCCCGGCAACAUGAAUAACAGCAACACGGGCGAUAGCAAUAAAAACAAGCGAAUGACCAGGAUGGUUCCUACGCUCACGGUAAACGAGACGACGGUGACGAGAGGACGACAUUCGGAUGAGGAUAUUAUACUGCAAGGCACGGAUGGAAUUGUGAGGACGACGCACAUCACCAUGUCUGUGGAUGAUGUCAAGGAGAAGAGCGUGAAGGACAUGGUUUGA